ACCAAACUGUCAGUGACGGUUGAAAUCAUGCUUGAAAUAAAUGUUUUGAAAGUGGAGAACCCGUCCUGUCUGUGGGGUCGGUUUGUGAAGGGUCCAGGGAUAGAAGCAGUCGAGAAUAAAAAAGAAUAUGAUGAUCUGCAAAUGAAAAUGAACCUUUUUUACCAUGAGGUCAACUUACAUGUGCAGAAGAUCAAACUCUCAACUAUAGAGUCGGGACAGGUGUGUGUGGUGUACUGGUCUGCCCUAAGGAGCUGGUGCCGAGCCAUCGUUGAGUCUCUUUUCCUGGGCACCGUUGGAACCCAGGCCAUGUGUUUCCUAGUUGACCACGGAGAGCGCGUCAUCGUCAGCUCAGAUGAGAUUCGGGCUCUGUUAGAUACGUUUUUGCAGCUGCCCUUCUGGGUGAGGAAGUUUCAGCUCGCUGGUGUUCAUCCCAUGACGCUGCACGUGUCUGGAGACUGCCUGGAGAAAGCUGAGCUCAUACCAUCAAUGCAAUGGGACAGCUCUGCCACACGCUAUUUGCACAAUCUCUUACAAGCUUCUACUGAGAUGGAGGCAGUGUUGUGUGAAACACAGUUAGAUUGCACUGCCAUUGAGCUCUACUUGACCGUCAAAAAUGUUAAGAUCUGUGUGAACGACGAUCUGGUCUCAAAGAAGUUUGCGUACUUCACAAGCCAGAAGGCCCAUCAAACCAGUGGAAAAAAUGGUGUUGUUGAUAGAUCCCCAGCCGUCUUGGCUUGUGACAUCUUUUCUGAAACUCAGAACUUCCUGGCUACUGACGGCUGUACCGCACGAUCACUUUCAGAUUUCCGGCUCCGGCAGCAGGACCCAAACGCUCAUAAUCAAGUGUCUGAUCAGUGCCAGCUAACGACAUCUGUGAAAGAGGCAUCGAAGACUUCCAAUGAGAUAUCAAAUCCAAAGAAAAGCCCAGAAAAUGGAAGAAAUCCCUUAGAGGGAGGGAAAAAGAAGGCAGCGCAGCCGCAGAACAAGAAAUUCAAGACAUUUUCAGAGAUUGAUGGCGACGAAGUCGAGAGGGACGACGAGCCCGGAGAGGAAACCGACAGGUCUCUUGAUUCAGAACUGUUCAGAAAUCUGAAUCUGUUAAGAUUCAAGAAGUUUCUGAAUCCUACUUCGAGCACUCAAAGGGCUGCUAUUCCCAAUACUGAGCUUAUUGAACAGAAGGAGGAACGUGGUGUUCAGAGGAUCUCUGCGGUCACGGAGAAAGCAGAGGAAGAGCCGGUCACUGCACCUCAACAGAUCGGACAACAGACUGAAACGGCUGUAUGUACUCCUAGUGACCUAGUAGACCGGACACAAGAGUUUGUCUUCACAGAGCAGCCAACCAUUGAGGAGGAGCUUGUCUGCGCUCGGUUGUUGCAGUUGCUAAACCCUGACCCUCUGAACACAGAUGUAGGCUCAUCAGAAGUCACUAUCGUCCAUACUGAUCCAAGCAGGAGUGGGAUAAUGGUGCAUUCUGCCUUUACUCUGGACCCCUGCACCAGUCUGGCCAAUGCUCCAAUCACUGACACCUUCCGGAGGAUCUUGAUGAGGAAUAAGUAUGCCGGCCCGUCUGUGGCUGAGAGUUACUGCUGGCCGGCAGUGGCCAGGGGCUGUGACACGGUCCUCAUCUCCCACAGCGGAGACCAGCCCCUCACCUACAUUCCCCCGUUCCUGGCCCACAUGCAGCUCUCCUCCGUCUUCAGCGCCCUCUCUUCUCGCACCGGGCCCAUAGCGGUGAUCCUGUGCCCGGGGUGGGAGAAAGCCCAGACUGUGAUUGACCUGCUGGAGGAGAGCCAGACCUUCCAAGUCCUCCACCCCAUGGUCAUACUGUUGGGACUGGGAAAGGAUGAGGCAAAGACUGUUAAGAUCCAGAACAACUGCCAGGUGGUGGUGACCACUCCGUUCAGCCUUGUGCGUCUGCUGCGUUUGCACUGUUUCCUGUUCCUGCGGCUGUGUCACCUGGCGCUGGACGAAGUGGACCUGCUCUUUUCUAGAGCCCCGGACGAGAUGACCAUCAUCCUGCAGCACUUCCAGAGGGUGACAGCCAGCGAGGAGCGUGUGUCGUGCCCCAGACAGAUCAUCGCAGUGGGAAAGCGCUGGAGCCGCCCCCUGGAGGGCCUGCUCCUCAACCACAUGAGCAACCCCACCGUUGUCGUCACGGUGAUGGAGGAGGCCGCACUCUACGGCAAUGUGCACCAGAUUAUCCUGUUGUGUCUGGACUGCACUAAGAUCUCUGUCCUGCUCGGGGCGCUGGACUUCACCCCCGACGUGGCCCAGAAGACCCUCGUCAUCACCAACUCUGCUGAGGAGGCUGAAAAUGUCUUCAAGGCUGUUUCAAACACAUCAGCCUUCUCCCUGAAGGUCCACGAGGAGUUAACCUACCAGUUUGACUUUGUGACUGAGCAGUGGAAGAAGCCCAUUGGACCUGGCACUCAUGUCAUUCUGGUCACCACCAAUGAGUGUAUGAAGUCUUUGGGUAUCUGUGAUGCUACGUGUGUUGUGCACUACGGCUUCCCAAGCUCACCUAAGCUGUUUGGCAGCCGUCUGUUUUGCAUGUCCCAGAACUUCCAGAACCUUUCCGACAAGGAGCGUGCUGCAGAGAGCACGUCUCACCCUGCCAAGUCAGUGCUGCUGCUAUCUGAGAGGAAUGCCCGUCACGUAAUCGGGGUCCUGCGCUACCUAAAGCGUACUGAGGCCUCGCUGCCUCCAGAGCUGCUGCACUUCGCCCAGGGAGUCCUGCGGGCCAAGGAGGAACAGAAGUCAGACAUGCCUCUGUGCAGAUACCUCAAGAGCUUUGGCUUCUGCAGGGACAGCAGUGUUUGUUCUUAUCGACACAGCAUCAGCCCCAUAACAGACCAGCCACUGCAACCAGACUCUGGAACUAUUGUGGUUCUGCCCUUGUUCAUCAAGACUGCUUCCGUCUACUACGGACGCAUUGUGAGUAAGAAGGAGGACCGUUAUGAGAGCCUGGCAGCAGCAAUGACUACAUACUACGCCGCUGAGAAGCUGGGUGCUAAGGAGGUACUGGAGGGAGGGCUGUACGGAGUACAAGAGGAUGAGGUCUACCACAGGGUGCGGGUGACUUCGGUGCCGGACAAGGGUGAGUGGAUGUUCUGCAGCGUGAGGGCUCUUUUCCUGGAUGAGGGGCGUGAGCAGGAGGUGAAAUCCCACCAGCUGCUGCAGCUGCCGGCCCAGUUCCACACACUGCCGCCCCAGGCUUUGGAAAUCAUCGUCUGCAGGGCCAUGCCCAUCGACGCUGAGGUCAAAUGGAACCCCAAGGUCACCAGGGCCAUCAGUCAGAAGAUCAAAGGCUUGCAGCACCAAGCCAAGGUUGUUCUGUGUUUGGGAAACACGGUCUUCGUAGAUCCCAUGGUGCGGAUGACACGACUACCAGGCCUGAAGACCUUCAUAAAUGAAUACAACGUCCACGCUGAGAUCCUGAGCACGGGGAUGGGCACCAGCAACCCUCAGCACCUGGACCUGCUGAAUGAGCUCUGCCAGGGGGCUGGGCCUGGAGCCAGUGCUGGGGAUGCCCCGCUCACCACGGUGCCGGAUGGCUCUGGGGUGACCUUGGAGGACAAGGUGCAGGCUGCAGAGGAGGCCCUGGUCUACAGGAUGAGGGCAGCUGUCGAGCGCUUACACUGUGGCCAAGAGGUUUCUGUAGACCAGCCCCAGACCCAAACGUCUGUGCUUCAUGCCCAGACAGACUUGUUCCAGUGCCAUAUGAAGGCCUCAGCAGAUCUGCACCAGAUGGACCAGAAAGUCUUUGCUCAUGCACCCCAGCCUCGGAUGAACGAUGUCUUUAUAUACCCGUCCCAGCUCUCGCCCAAGCCACAGGAGGCCACAUUAGCAGCAGUUCCUGAUCCGAGCGAGGCUCAACUACCAACACUCAUGGACAGGACCCAGAUACCUUCCCCUCUCCCAACACCUAGCGAAGCCCAGAUAUCUGCCCCACUCCCAUCAACUAGCGAGCCACAGUUACCUGCCCCAACAACUGAGCACAACGACCCCAAAAUGGAGCAGUGGAGGAGCCUCAUAGCUAACCUCCAAGGCGCCACACAAACACGGAGGCAUACAGCUCUACAAGGAUUCACCCCCAAAGACUGGAUUUCUGCAGUUCCCUGCCCCAUUGAAAAUGGUAAUUUGAUCGAUGAGAAGCAAGUCAACGGCCAGCAAGUCAACGGUGAGAAAGUCAUCAGUGUUGUCAAGGUUGAUGUGGAUGCACCAAAAAGUUUCCAUCCACAGAUCAAGUGGUUCCAGAGAGAUGACACAGUCACACUGAACAUAAAGCUCAGAGAACCAGUGGAUCAGAGAUGUGAAUUCUUCCCUGACAGAGUGGUGUACAGUGCAUGUGUGAAUGACAGGCCUUAUCGUGCUGACCUGGAGCUCCACAGUAACAUCACUGCAGAGAGGUCCUCCUGGGAGAUGAAGUGCAAUGAGCCAGUCAUCCGGCUCGUCAAACACGAGAGGGGAGACUGGAAGAUGCUCCUCAAGCAAAAGAGUGCUUUUGUUAGUUUGGAUUUCGACCGAUUUGAGGAAGAUGAAAAGAAGACUUCAAAUGGUCUCUGCUUUGUGGGGCACACUGGGGAGGAAGGCUGCUACGUGAGCUCAGACAGUAGCAGUGACUGACUGCAGACAGACGGCCCUCAUCGAUCCUCCCUCCAAUCACCAACUGAGAAGAAUCUAGUGCCAAUCCCCCAAAAAUACAUCAAUUCAGCCAGUUAAUUAUUAUACACUUUUCGUUCAUGUCUGCUUGAAGGACACAUCUCUUUGGCUAUUUUAGCACAUUUCAUAUAACAAUUCCAUGUUUUCAGGUUUAUUGUUUAAAGAUUUUUUGAUGUUAUGCUAUCAGACUCAACACAAGUGAAUUGAGAAUAAUGAUGGAGUAUUCAAAUCUGUUACGACAAUAGUACAUCAAAGUACUUACUACUUAGGAAUUGACAAACUAGCAGAUACCCAUGACGUCCAGUCAUUGUGUUAACGCUAGUUAGAAUUGGCUUGCGAAACACCCUUUAACUUCCUUCAUACUGGACACAGAUAUAACAAUGAUAUCCUCCAGUUCAUAUGACUCUGGGGAAGUAGAUAAAGGGCCCCAUUGACAAAAUCCUGAAGUAAAAAAAAAAAAAAAAGUAUGUUAAAAAGCAGCUUUCCUGUGUUAGAAUGAUGUGGGCGUACCUCAACAACAGAAUGGUGUGGGCGUUUACCCGUCAUAAAAAAUAUUCAAGCAAGUAGACUGCUGAUUGGCCAGCUCAUCAUCCUCUAUGAAGAAAUGGAAGGCAUUUCUGAAACUGUCUGAAGUGUCCCCCCCUCCAAUUUAUGCUUUGGCUACAUGAGUAUAGGAUGAGUUAACAAAAUUAUUUGGGUAAGAGUUAACUGAACUUUUAAGUGAGAUUUUGACUGGACAAUUACAAUAAGCGUUUUCACACAUAGUUGUUAGCUAAAACGCAAAUCAGUUUUAUUAUAGGUUUAAGUUGCGUUCAAUUUCAAGAAAACUAAAAUUUGUGAACCAGUCCUUGUUUUCAAGCAUGUAUCUACUUGACAUAAAUGUACAAAUCGAAGCUACAUUCUGGGAUUCGAAAAACUGCUGCCAUGUCACUUGUUUUGGCAUACAGCUGAGGGAUGGGGCUAGUAAAAUGUAACCCCUCAAAUUCAUAGACUGCGUUCAAGGUGCAAGGACUAACAGUAUAUAUGCCAUUUACCAGACGCUCUUCUCCACAGCGACGUUGUCAUGCAUGCUUCGUGCGUCAUUAUUUUACAUAUGAGUGGUCCUAGGAAUUGAACCAACUAUCCUGGUGUUGUAAGAGACAUGCUCUACCAACUGAGAGGACCAGUCCAUGACAUCCAAGCUACACAUGGUUUGUUUACAUUAUUGUCAUUUGUAAACAAAUGGUGUAAUAAAAACCAAACAUUUUGGGUUAUGAUAAAGACCGAUGGUUGUGCUUUGCUCAUGAGGUGUUUAAAGCUCCAUUAUGGAACUUAAUUUUUUUUUUCAAGAAUCUUAAUGACCAUUAAUCAACUUUCAGACGAACGUUCUUCCAGACUACCUGGAUUUUUGCUGUGAUUUUUCAAUUAAAGUGCAAUGGUUUUGGAAUAGUUGCUUUGUAAACUAAUAUAAAUGAUUUUACUUUCAAUACAUGGACUAAUUCGGUAUGACCCAAAUCCCGCCAGAAGAACCGAAAGAUUAACUUCGGCCUUAAUAAAGCCUUCAAAAUAAAAGUUAACAAAACAACAGCUACACUAUCAGUAGUCUUCUAUGCUUGAAAUUAACCUUAACAAUUAACAAUGAAGUUCCAAGCUAAAUAUGAAAACACCCGUACGAAGUGUGGAGUGGGUUGUGUAGUAAAAAAAUGUAAACACUUGGAAUUUCUCUAAAUUAAAUGGAUAGUUUAUCUAAUCAAGCUAGCUGUAGCAAAAGUAAACAAUGGAUUAUCGUGGAUGCUGUCACUUCAGAGAGGUAUAGAACGAUUGACGUUAUAUUAUACUCAAGGUUUUCUUGAGCUCAUUCAUCCUCCUCUCCCCUGUAACUAUUCCCCAGUUGUUGCUGUAAAUGAGAAUGUGUUCUCAGUCAACUUACCUGGUAAAAUAACAGAUUUUUUUUUUGGGGGGGGGGGUGUUCCCAUUCUUGUCUGCAAAUCAUCUCAAGCUCUGUCAGAUUAGAUGGGGAGCGUCGCUGCACAGCUAUUUUCAGGUCUCUCCAGAGAUGUUAGAUCGUGUUCAAGUCCAGGCUCUGGCUGGGCAACUCAAGGACAUUCAGACUUCUCCCAAAGCCACUCCUGCGUUGUCUUGGCUGUGUGCUUAGGGUCAUUGUCCUGUUGGAAGGUGAACCUUCGCCCCAGUCUGAAGUGCUCUGGAGCAGGUUUUCAUCAAGGAUCUCUCUGUACUUUGCUCCGUUCCUCUUUCCCUCGAUCCUGACUAGUCUCCCUGUCCCUGCCGCUGAAAAACAUCCCCACAGUAAGAUGAAGCCACCACCAUGCUUCACCGUAGGGUUGGUGCCAGGUUUCCUCCAGACGCGAUGCUUGGCAUUCAGGCCAAAGAGUUCAAUCUAGUUUCUCAUGGUCUGAGAGUCUUUAGGUGCCUUUUGGUAAACUCCAAGCGGGCUGUCAUGUGCCUUUUAACUGAGUGGCUGAAGAAAAAAAAGAAAAAAAAGAAAAAGGUCUAUACAAUUUUAGAAUAAGGCUGUAACGUAACAAAAUGUGGAAAAAGUCAAGGGGUCUGAAUACUUUCUGAAUGCACUGUAAUUGUGCAUUAAACUAAAUUGGUCUGCCUGUAUAAACGCAGCCAUUGUGGAUUAAUUUCACCCAAGCAUGUAGAUUGACCAUUUAAAGGGUUAGUUCAUCCAAUCUGCAGUUGCUACAUCCAUUUUUAGACUUAAAUAUAUGUACCCAUUGAUUGAAGAAUAUAACUUAUAAAUCCCUUAUGAGCUUAGUUCAACUGUUGUACCCCAUCAGAACCCAAAAUAUAAGCUUGUUUUCCUCCAAUGUUUGUUCACAAAGUAAAUGUAAACAUUUAUAUAACCUCAAAACAUGGUUAAAAUAUAAUUUUAAUAUCAUGGCUGGUCAGUCCUUGCAUCAAUAGCUCUAUGAAUUUGAGUGGUUGCAUUUUUCCAUGCCCAUUCCUCCAGCUUUUUACCGAAACUGGUGAGGCUUACAUUUUGUUUCAACUGCUGAUGGCAGCUUUAAAAGAUGGUUCUGUUAGUGUUUUUGCCAUAGUUUGAUUCCUCUCAAGGUUUCUUCCAUCUGGGCGUUUUUCCUUGCCUCUGUGCUUCUGCUUGUUCUUUGGAGGAUUAGACGGUGUCACUGUGGACUUGCGACGGAUUUCCUUUAUAUGGAUUCUGUUUUUGUUGGUCAAACUCAGUUUCACCUGUUAGUCUAAGCCCUGUGUAAGGGGGGGGGGGGGUUCUGCUAAACUAUAUAGAAAUAUUUAAAGAAGGUCAUACCAAGAAUCAUUUUGCAAUUUGAUUUAGAAUUUUAAGAGCCCUUGAAGUAUAAAAAAAAAAACAUUAAAAAAUGAUUUAUUUGGCUUUGCUGCUAUUAGCCCAUACAAACAAAUUGAAUAACAGGUCAACCACAUGGAACAAUGGAUAUCCCCCCAAAGAAAUCUAAAGGAAGAUUGUUCUGAAGUGUCUGUCCUAUAUCUGAGAGCUACAGUAUAAGAAAGAUCAGGAAACAUAUUUAUUUGUCCAUGUAUUUAACCCCUUAUUUCUGGCACUAAACUGUUAACAUAGUCGUGGCCAAACGUUUUGAAUGACACAUUAAUUUUCACAAAGUUUGCUGCUUCAGUGUCUUUAGAUAUUUUUGUCAGAUGUUACUAUGAAGUAUAAUUACAAGCAUUUCAUAAGUGUCAAAGGCUUUUAUUGACAAUUACAUGAAGUUGAUGCAAAGAGUCAAUAUUUGCAGUGUUGACCCUUCUUUUUCAAGACC